AUGGGUUUCCUGAGCCACUCACGGAAGAACGAAGAAGUUCGCCCCGAACAGAAGUGGGACUACAUUAGCAUCAAUGACUUCAAGUCCACAUCUUGCUUUACGCCAUUCGCCUACGGGUACCUCUAUUUCAUGCUCCUCAUCUCCAUCGCCGUCUACGCUGUCGAUACCUUCACUGCCAUCAACUUGUUGGUCUUCGACAGAUGGUCAUCUGAGAUCGACCCUACCCAGCUGAUCCCGCGUACUGUUUCGAAAUGGAUCUUCUCGAUCUGUAUCAUUCUGUCGGUCGUGAACCUGGUGUAUGAGCACAUCCGUGCGCAGCGGGUCAUGCGGCGCGGCAGCGUCGCCGAGUGCUACCUGGACAACCUCGCAGUCCGACUCGAGAGUAUCCGGAUGGGCAAGGGCAGGGGAUGGAAGCGCUUUCUGGUCUUUGCCGAAUUGACUAAGAGCAAGAAGGGAGCCGAAUACGUCGCGCUGUUCACCUACUUCAGCUUCCAGUCGUGGGUCCGUGUAGUCAUAUGCUCGGGUCCCCGACAGGCAGUCAACGCCCUGACACUCCUCUCCGUGUACAAUGCUAAGAUCUCUGCACACGGUGAGACCUUCGAGGGAACGCUUCUUGACUUCUUCGACAAGAUCAGGGCGCUUGCAGAGCAGGACUACCGGCAGGCUCUGAUCCUGUCCGGUAUGUGCUUCACUCUGGUCAUCUGGGUUUUCUCGGCUCUCUCACUGCUGCUCGCCGUUCUCUUCUUCAUUUUCUUCCUAUGGGGUUACAUUCCUCGCGAGGAUGGAGGUCUGACUGGCUUCUGCUCUCGCAAGAUUAACAAGCGUCUCAUGACCAUCGUCUCGGCCAAGGUCAACAAGGCCAUCGCCGAGGAGGAGCGGAAGCGGCAAAAGGCCGAACUCAAGGCCGCCAAGAAGGCAGGAGAGCUCCCGCCCAUGGAGCUCAAGGCCACCAUUCCCAAUGUCAGCGUGGACAGCCUACCGCAGAUGCCCACACUUUCGCGCAACGACACCAUGAACUCACUGUCUGGCCAAUCCGCACCCCCUCUGGUCUCGGCUGCGAGCUUCGAACUGGGCUCGAUGGACCAGAAGCGCCCGGCGCCGAGCCGCAGCGGAACCAUGGCCUCGACUGCUUCCAGCUUCUCCUCGAGGGCUCCGCUUCUGGGGCAUGCCGCCGAAUUCGGUUCGGGACGCGCAUCCCCGGCUCCUUCGAUCCCCGCCAUCCCAGACCUCGGUGCUCUCCCACCUCCAACCCGCACUGGCACGGCUGCCUCUAACCGCAGUUUUGGCGCGCCUCCCUCUCAGCUAAGCCGGAACAAUACCAACGGAUCCGGCUUUGGUGCCGGCUACACCGCAAGCCCGGCUACCUACUCGUCAGAUACAAUGCCUCCCAUGCCAUCCAUGCCCCAGCCCAUGCGGUCACCGGCUGGUGGGCCUGGCGGAUACUCGCGACCCCCGUUUGCGAACCACUCGUCCAACCUGUCCGGCUCGAGCAUCCGCUUCAACCAGGACGAUUACUCUUCGACCGGCCGUGCUAGCCCCGCGCCGUCGAUGGGAUCGUACCGUUCAGGACCGACCUCGCCUCGGGGAUACGGCCCGGCCAAUGGCGCCCCGUAUCCCGUCCGGAGCGCAACCGGCCCCAUGCCGGGACCGCGUGGACCUGGCCAACAGUACCCCCAGAGGAAUAUGACAGCUCCCGUCCACCAACAACAGCCGUCAAACGGCUCAUUCAACAGCUUCAACGACAUGCCCUCGCCAAGCAGCCAACGAGGCCCCGCGCCCUCGAGGCCGGGUUUUGGAAGCGGCUGGAACACGGAUAUCGAGUCGCAGAGGGGCCCUGGACGGUACUAA